AUGUCCAGCGGCAGCAGAGUCCUGCGCUCUUCUAUCGGCUGCUAUUAUGACCUGCUGUCCUUUUUCAUUCGACAGACACGCGCUCAGGGACAGACAAGAUUAUGCGAUCCUCAGCAACGUCGCCGGUUUCACGAUUAUUUCGUCACUCAUCUACCCUCCUCCUCCCUCCAUCCAGAUUCCCGCUCUCUCACAGGUCUUGCGCACAAGUUCCCUCGGAAAGAAUCAACUCCACACACCCCCGAUGGAAAGUCUGCUCCGGCAACUCAUCCUUCUGUUUCGAGAGACACGACUGUUGUCCGCAUCCCUCUCAAGAGUGCCAAACACCAUUUUGGGGCUUCAGUUUCUCGAGGCAGCAGGCCUUACAAUGAAGAUUCGCACCAGGCCGGCGUAAUCGAGCUUCCUGCGUUUGCGAAGCGAGCACCUCCGUCCAUCACCACAAAUCCCAAAACUGGAGAAGGGACUUCCGCCGACAGCGCAUUGGGCGAUCCUCAGGUGUUUUAUUUUGGUGUUUUUGACGGACACGGCGGCGCAGAAUGCAGCGAUUUCCUACGAGAAACCCUCCAUGACUAUAUCGAAAAGUCGGCAGAAUCAUUCGAAUUCCAAUCCAGUUUGAAGAAGCCUGGCGAGAAGAAACGAACGAAUGGCUCUGGCCCGGAUGGCUGCGGAGGCGAUGCUGAACAACAUAGACAGAGUAAGGCAGUCUUAGACUCUAUCGAAAUAUCGACGGACGAUCUUCCGAAAAAAGGCGAGGGUCGGUCGGGAGAUGGCGAUGUAAGAGGCUCCAAACUGGUGUACCAUCCCCCUUAUCCAGGUGAUCCGUCUCUGAUUCAGAGCGCGAACAAGCAAAGCAUCAAGAAUCUGGAAAAGCAACUGACGAGAAACUGGAAAAAUCUGGUUGGCGGCUAUUUCCGUCGCUUCAAGCCGGCCUACUUCUCCAUUUACAGUGGAUAUCAGGAGUUGGGCAAAGGAUUAGAUCCGAUGGGAGAAAGCGCCGAGGAUGCAGAUUCUGGUGCGGCCAUCGAGGAAGUAUUGACCUACGCCUUUUUGAAAGCCGAUUAUGACUUUGUUUCCGCUCAAGCGGCGAAGUAUUCGGAGAACACGGACACCACGAGAGCAGAGAGACCGCUGAACGAUGCAGAUAUCCUGGGGGAACCCUCCAAGCUUGCAGGGCACAUCGGCGGACCUCAUACGUUCAAAGGUGGUAGCACUUGCAGUGUCGCCAUGGUAUCUACACCGUCACCAACACCGUUCUGGAACCCGGCCACACCUUCUUCGAUGUUGAUCGCUCAUGUUGGAGACACACGCAUUCUCCUCUGCUCGACAGCUACUGGGGCUGCAAUACCACUGACGACCAACCACCACCCCUCAUCACCCAUCGAAAGUAAUCGACUACGGAGGUAUGCAGCCGCGUUCGUGACCGAUUCAUUUGGAGAAGAACGGAUAUCGGGUCUUGCGAACACGCGAUCCUUUGGAGAUAUUGCGUCGAAGAGAAUUGGCGUGAGUGCAGAACCGGAAAUCAAGAGAAUAGAACUGGGACCGGCAGAGUAUUCUUUCAUGGUUCUCAUGUCUGACGGGGUCUCGGGAACGCUCGACGAUCAAGAAGUGGUGGAUAUCGUCAAAGAAGCAAAAACUCCGGAACAGGCCGCCAGAGAUGUGGUCAACUUUGCUACAGAAGUUUCUACGGAAGGGGAUAAUGCCACGUGCCUCGUGGUGAGGAUGGGAGGAUGGGAACGGCGACAAGAGGGAGGCCAUGGAAGCCUGGGCACAAAGGAAAGUCGGAACUACAAGCGACAAAGUGCAGCAGAUCCCCGAAGCCGAAUGCAGUGA